AAAACAUUGAGGGUGUGCGAUUAACGACAAAUGUGGGAAAGAGUCGUUGCACUGCCCCGUCAUGGUCCACCAGGAAAAGUUCGUUCGAUGGCCGUCGUCGCGAGUUCAGGUCAUGCCGUUCUGCAUGGUCGCGGUCAUCGACGAACAGAGCUGGGACUGCGUACAGGAACACUUCUACUCCGACCCCAGCGAAGUCAGACCAAGCCGGACAAAGCCAAUCCUUGACCAGAUAUGAUGUCCGCUACUUGCUGCAUGCAGUUCUUUCACUGUAUGUAUGUGGGGAUCGACUGGCGUUGAAGACGACUUGAGUGAUUGUAUAGCAAUCAUGC